UCCAUCAGCGCUUAGUGAGGAGCUGCUCUCAGACGCCUGAAUGCCGCAGAAGGCAGCGGCUCUGCGCCGGGAACGGGUGACAAAGGAAUACAAGAAAAGGCCUCUGUAAGAACUAGAAACUGAUAGUAUCUGGCUCAAUCUCUUGUACUGUAAACUGAGCUCGUAUUGAGGAGAAAUCGUUUCCCGUCUCGCACAACAUCCGAGCGGCUACCGCGCCUUGGCAGAGGGGCCUGUUUUCAGAUCUGACUGGGCCUGGCUGGCGCAAUGGCGAAUCGCUCCAGGACAAGGCAAGUUCUCUCUUUCGCUCUGUGUCUGUGGGUGUCCCUGGCGGAGGGCGGGACGAGCCGCUAUUCUGUGCCGGAGGAGAAGAAAAGCGGGUCGCUAGUUGCUAAUAUCGCAAAGGAUUUGAAUGUGGCCGUAGGGACCUUGUCUGCUCGCAGGGCGCGGCUGGUUUCUAAAAGCACCAGGCAGUAUUUUGAGCUGAACGCGCGGUCCGGGGAUGUGAGAAUAAAGGAGAAAAUAGACCGGGAGGAGCUUUGCAGACGGAGUGACCCGUGUGUGCUGCAAUUCGAAAUUGUGCUGGAAAACCCACUGCAGCUGUACCCAGUGGAGGUGCAGAUCGAAGAUGUGAAUGACAAUUCCCCGAAAUUCUCCAAGAGCGAAUUCACUUUGGAGGCGCCUGAACAGAUCCCGAUAAACACCCGCUUGCCCCUGGAAAGGGCCCAAGAUUCGGACAUAGGAACAAACGGCAUCCAGAGCUACGCAAUCAGCUCUAAUGAGCAUUUCCGUCUGGAUGUGCAAACCCACAGCGACGGCAGCAAAUACGCGGAGCUUGUGCUCGAGAAACAAUUAGAUCGCGAGGCGCAGGCGCAGUUGAUGCUGAUUCUCACCGCUGCAGAUGGGGGCCGCCCACAGCGAACCGGCACAGCCCAAAUACGCGUCAGUGUGCUGGAUAACAACGAUAACUUCCCCCAGUUCAGCCAGUCCGUGUACAGGGCGCAGUUACCGGAGAACAGUCCUAGAGGUACCUUGGUCACCAGGGUGGAGGCCAGUGAUUUGGAUGAAGGCUCAAAUGCAGAAAUCAGCUAUUCCUACGGGCAAGUGCCUGAGAGAGUCCUCGAGUUAUUUCAGCUCAAUCCGUCCACCGGGGAAAUCACUGUGCUGGGGACAAUUGAUUAUGAACAAACGACAAAGUAUGAAAUAGAAUUUCGGGCCAAGGAUGGGGGCGGGUUGUCUGCGCACUGCAAAGUGCUGGUGGAGAUCGAGGACAUGAAUGACAACGCCCCGGAGGUGACGCUGACGUCCCUCAGCAGCACCAUCCCCGAGGACUCCGCCCCGGGCACCGUGGUGGCCUUGUUCAGUGUGAGAGACCGGGACUCUGGGGACAACGGCAGAGCAGCCUGCUCCAUUCCGGGCAAUGUCCCUUUCGCUUUGAAAUCGACUGUGCAGAACUAUUACGAGCUUGUCACACGGGGGCCCCUGGACCGCGAGGCGGUGGCCGAGUAUAACAUCAGCAUCACAGCCACGGACCGGGGCGCUCCCCGGCUCGCCUCGGAGAGGGUGAUCCGCGUGCAGCUGUCGGAUGUCAAUGACAACCCGCCGGUGUUUACCGAGCAGUCCUACGUCAUGUACCUGAAGGAGAACAACCUCCCGGGGCUCUUGAUCGGCUCUGUCCACGCUGCGGACCUGGACACCGAGCAGAAUGCCAAAGUGACGUACUCGGCGUUGCCUGGCGACGUGGGCGACCUCCCCUUCUCCUCCUACGUCUCCAUAAACUCCGACAGCGGCCACGUGUACGCGCUGCGAUCCAUGGAUUAUGAGCGAACGAGGGAUUUCGAGGUGCGGGUGCGCGCUGCGGAUGGCGGGUCCCCCCCGCUGAGCUCUGAAGCCACCGUCCGGGUUGUGAUCUUGGACGAAAACGACAACGCGCCCUUCCUGUUAUACCCUCUGCAGAACAGCAGCUCCCCCGCCAGUGAGCUGGUGCCCCGCUCGGCGGGGCCGGGUUACCUGGUGACGAAGGUGGUGGCCGUGGACGGAGACUCGGGCCAGAAUUCUUGGCUUUCCUACCAGCUGCUGAGGGCCACGGACCCCGGUCUCUUCACGGUGGGGCUCCAGAGCGGGGAGGUGAGAACCAGCAGGCCGGUAACGAGCCCGGACUCUGUGAAACAGAAACUGCUCGUGCUGGUGAGAGACAACGGCGACCCGCCCAGAUCCACCACCUCCACGCUGAACGUGCUCCUGGUGGACGGGUUUUCGGAGGCCCACCUGCAGCUCCUGGACGUGCCCCAAGAGGAGGGGCAGCAGGACACGUUAACCCUGUAUCUCGUCAUUGCUUUGUCUUGCAUUUCGUUCCUUUUCCUGCUGUCCGUGGUGACAGUGAUCGCCACCCGGCUGUACAAGGCGAGGCAGGGCCAAGAGCGGUACAUGGCAUCGUCCAGGAACUUCUAUUGUGAGCCCAGCUUCCCCACAAACCCCGCGGACACGAGUGGCGCCGGGACUCUGCCUCAGUCUUAUUGUUACGAGGUUUGCUUGACCACGGGCUCUGGCACCAGCGAAUUUAAGUAUCUCCGGCCGCUGCUACCGUCUGUGGCAGCUGAGCCCAGCGCUGCAGGAGGGUCGGUUCUGGACUCUCAGGUUAGUUCCCAGCUAAAGGAGGGGAAGGAAUCCGUGAGCAAGGGCAGAGCAUCCGUUUCUGAGGACUCCAUACCCAGAUCUUCAGGCGCAGGCUGUAUUGCUAACAAGGUGUUAGGGAUAAAUGAGGACUGUGGUCAAAACGGUUGGCUUUCCUACCAAUAGAUGAGAACAACCAACUCCGCUCUGUUCAACUAUCAGACACCAUAAACAAGAAUUGAGAAUCAAGAGGCUUGUCGCCUUCAAAGAAACUUUCAAGAAGAUAUACGUCCUUUAUGUAAGAGACCCUUUCUAUAUUGUGUAGUUGUUUAUUCCUGUUUAAUAGGCAUUUCAAGUAGACCUUUGCAUUUGUGACCUAGUUACUGAAGAAGAACAGGAGCUCGUAUAUCAUGCUUGCUUUGUAGAUGCCAGGUAGUCCUUAGUUUAUUAUGAUUAUUAGAAUUUAGAAACUUCUACUUUGUCUAGAUAAGUCAAACCUAAACUUUAACAGUGAUUUAUCAUAAACUACCUUCCCUAUCACUCUCCGGCCAGGAGAUGAUUAUGUAAUAGUGUGUUGAUUUUUUGCAAGUUCUUUUCAGUGUACAAGUUUAACAUUCAAUGAAAAUUAAGAAUAUUUUCUCUUACAAAGUAAUUAUAUAUCAGCAAACAGAAAAAGAUUACAUUAAAAAUGAUUGACUACAAUGUACCAUUGCAUAUUUGGUUGGAAGGUUGAGCCUCAUGUAUAUUGUGUAAACUGUGUAUUUUCAAAAUUGCAGUCUUUUUUCUGAUCAUAUGAAACUGAAACUAAUAGUUAUAAAGUAUUUCGAGAUCCUUCGUUAAAAAAUGCUGUAGAAGUGAAGAACAAAUAUUUCAUUAAUAGUAUGAUAGUAACAUAGGUUAAAAGUGAUACUAUAAACCUUAGACACUUUGCUGUGUGUAAUGAGUAUAUUUUCUUUCUGCCUUUAUUUAAUGUCAUUACCAAGUGUAACAUUUAAGAUAAAGGGAACAUGAUGUAAUUUUCCGCGUUGAUCACAUGGUUUAAAAAUCGAGUUUCUGGUGACCAUAACAAUAAUAAAAACAAUUUUUGAAAA